AUGGCGGUUAUGAUGGAAGACAUACAUGAAAAACCAGUUCCGGCGCCGUUCCUAACAAAAACAUACCAACUGGUCGACGAUCCAACAACCGACCACAUAGUUUCAUGGGGACACGACGGCGCCUCCACCUUUGUCGUUUGGCGACCGCCGGAAUUCGCCGCCGAUCUCCUUCCAAAUUAUUUCAAACAUAAUAACUUCUCCAGUUUCGUUCGUCAACUCAACACUUAUGGUUUCAGAAAGAUUGUUCCAGACAGAUGGGAAUUCGGAAACGAAUUCUUCAAACGUGGUGAAAAACAUCUCUUAUGUGAGAUUCAUGAAGAAGAACAUUUCAAACACACAAAUCUUUCUCCUUCUCCUCCUCCUCCAUUAACCCAGUUCGGAUUCUUCUCCAAUUAUUCAUCAGAUAUCCCUUCCUCGUACUCGACUUCAUCGUCACUGUCGGAAGACAACGAACGAUUAAGGAGGAGCAACAACAUUCUAAUGUCUGAACUUGCUCACAUGAGGAAGUUAUACAAUGAUAUUAUCUAUUUUGUUCAAAACCAUGUUUCUAAACCCUUUUCUAAUCCUAAAAAUGAGAUGAGAUUGUUUGGAGUUCAAUUGCAGUCGCCGGCGGCGAAGAAGAGAAUUCAGUUGACCCAGAAUUGUUCUUCAACAAUGGAGAAUGAUGAUGAUGAAGAAGAUGAUGAUGAAUUGUUGGGCUUGAAUUUGAUGCCUCCUUCUAGAGAUUAA